GAUUUCUUGCGGUGGCGAUGCCGAGUGCACCCUCACUCGCCCCUCGUGCUCGCACCAAGUGAGACUGCCGUUUUUUCGGUGCGUUCACGGCCGAAAUCGCGAGUCGGCGGCCACUGAUUAUGUGAGAAUUCUUAGCGCGGCCUAACCGUGGCUAGAGACUCUUUUGUCAAAUUAGCCUACGUCAGCUCAGUCCGAAAUGUGCAAAGUGUAGUUUGGAAGCGAACUGCCGCCAUGAGUGAUCAAGAUAAUGUCGCGUUUCUGACAGGAGGCGACAGCCAGAGCAGCAAUAAAAGGAGCUUAUACGAAAGGAAUGGGGUGGCGGUGUGCUCUCAGAAAAAAGCUUUGAUAAUAGCAACUUCAGUUUUCGCUUGCUUGUUCGCCUUUUCCAUUUUGAUCGCUUUCAUCAGUCAAACAGAUUGCCCUUGUCUGGGACAGGGAGACGACGAGGAUGACUUUGAUGAAUUUGAAAACGCCAUGCCGCGGCAGCCGAAGGCCUCAAACGGGGAACCGUAUCCGUGGAACAGUCUCCGGCUACCGGACUUUGUGCGACCCUUACGCUAUAAUCUCACCAUUCAUCCAAAUCUCACCACUUACUACGUGAAAGGUCAAGUGAGCAUUGAAUUCACCGUCGACAAGGAGACCGAGUUUUUGGUGCUGCACAGCAAAAACAUCAGCAUCACGGACAAAACUCUGGAAGAGAGUAACGGCCAAAUAAUGAACAUCACGGAGAUAUUAGAAUUUAUUCCUGGGCAGCAAAUCUAUAUCGAGUCGCUGCAGCCGUUCAUGAAGAACCACAAUUACACUUUGAAGCUGCGUUUUACAUACCGGCUGAGUACCGAGCUGGAGGGAUUCUACGUCAGCACUUACACCACUCCUGAAGGGGAUAAGAGGGUGCUCGCGACAACGCACUUCGAAGCGACUCACGCGCGGGCAGCGUUCCCAUGCUUCGACGAACCGCACUUCAAGGCGCGCUUCAAAAUUUCCAUAUUCCGAGACCGCUUUCACAUCUCCCUCACCAACAUGCCCGUGGCGAACACCGAGGACGCAGGCUUCUACAUGGGAACUGGGCUGCUGCGAGACGACUUUGAGGAGUCUGUGCCGAUGAGCACGUAUCUCGUUGCUUUUGUCGUGUGUGACUACCACAAGAAGAGCAUGGUCACACAAAACCAGAUUUCCGUCUCCGUUUACGCGCCGCAACAUCAGCUGAAUAGAGCCGAAUUCGCCUUGGAAACUGCAACGACCCUGAUGGAUUUUUUUGAAAACUUCUUUAACGUUUCGUACUCCCUUCCAAAACAAGAUCUGAUUGCCAUCCCGGACUUCGCCGCUGGUGCAAUGGAAAAUUGGGGGCUAAUCACUUACCGCGAGUCAUCAAUACUCUACGACCCGCUUGAAACAUCUUCUGCGGCGCACCAAUGGGUGGCGAUCGUGAUUGCCCAUGAGCUUGCUCAUCAGUGGUUCGGAAAUCUUGUCACGAUGAGGUGGUGGUCCGACUUGUGGCUCAACGAGGGCUUUGCCAGCUUCCUCGAGUACGUGGGGGUGGCGUACGUGCGGCCGGACUGGGCGAUGCUCGAGCAAUUCGUGGUAGAUAAAACGCAACCAGCUUUGGCACUCGACGCCCUGGCAUCAAGCCAUCCAAUCUCCGUGGAAGUGCGAGACCCGUCAGAGAUAGAAGCCAUUUUCGACGCAAUCAGCUACUCGAAGGGCGCCGCGAUCAUCGCCAUGCUUGAGGGGUUUUUGGGAAGAGACACGUUGAGGAGCGGACUCCAGCUUUAUUUGCUGACGCAUGAGUAUCAAAAUGCAGACACCACUGACCUUUGGAAAGCAUUGAGUGAUACCUCGCCGGCAGCUUUACACGUGAAGAGCAUCAUGGACACUUGGACUUUGCAAAUGGGAUUUCCACUGGUGACGAUAGAACGAAACGGAACGGACAUCUACGCCCGGCAAGAUAGGUUCCUGAUGUCAUCUUCAAACGACACUUCCAACCUUCCCACUUCUAAGUUCAACUACAAGUGGUACAUUCCAUUGAGCUACAGAACCAAUAGGCCCGAAGAUGGCGUUAAACAAGUCUGGAUGAACAUGACCGAUGUCGCAUUUACUCUGCCUGAAGACGCUAUUUGGUUCAAAGCCAACGUCAACCAGUCUGGGUUUUACCGAGUCAACUAUGACAAGGACACGUGGAAUGCACUUGUCGCCGCACUAAUAAACAACACUCACGUCUUCAGUCCCGCUGAUCGAGCUAGCUUGAUAGACGAUGCCUUUACCUUGUGCAGAUCUGGCGUUCUUGGUCCUGAGCUUCCCCUUGAACUGUCUCUGUACCUCAAGAACGAACAGCACUACGCACCAUGGGUGACUGCACUCGAAAGCAUGCAGAACUGGGCUCGACGACUGCAAGAGUCUGCCGCUUACAAACUGUUCCUGCAGCACAUGCAAGGAAUCCUGAAUCCUGCCGCCACCCGCAUUGGGUGGAACGAAACUGGGACCCACCUUCAAAAACUUUUGAGGAGUGAAAUCCUCUCUGCCGCAGUCAUGUUUGGCGAAUCCACCACUGUCAGGCAAGCGAGAAGAAUCUUCUCCGACUGGAUGAACAACAACAAAACGGUGUCCCCGAAUUUGCGAGAAGUUGUGUACACCGCUGGAAUUAAAUACGGAGGCGAACAAGAAUGGGAGUUCUGUUGGUCGCGCUACAACUUGACGGCCGUGCCAAGCGAGCGCCGCCUCCUGCUCAAAGCUCUUGGCCUUGCCUCCGAUCCCUGGCUGCUGCAAAGGUUCCUGCAAGCCUCCCUCGACCGCAACAUGGUCAAACCGCAAGACCUGAAGUUGGUAUUCACAGUGGUGGCGUCCAACCCCGAAGGUCGCCUCCUGGCCUGGCGCCACGUGCGUGCUAACUGGAGGCGCCUGCAGAAUGCACUCGGCAACAGCACCGCCGCCCUCGGAGGCCUCGUAGGAACGGUCACGUCACACUUUUCAUCUCCAUACGACGUGGAAGAGGUCUCCCAGUUCCUAAAGGCCCUUCCCAGGCGAUGGGGGCAACACCGGAUCAUGCGGCAGAGCUUGGAGAAUAUCCAGCUGAACGCGAAAUGGGUCCGCUCCAAUGAGCGCAUGAUUGCCACCUGGCUGAAGGAACAUCCCAUAUAACUAACGUCGGUGCUCAGGCAGAUCCGGCCUGGGUACGGAUAGAUUCCCCAAUUACUAGGUGUAGCUCUCCCGAGUGGCAGUACGUUCUAAUUGUUUCUCAUCUCGAGUUGAGUUCACUGUUUGGUCGGUUGCUCGUUUCCUGUUCGGCCGGUCGCCACCAAGCGAGGCCACAGGUUGUCUGUUUGUUGAUGUUGUACGGUGGAAUUUGAAGGUGAAGACCAAAGGCAAAAUCUAACGUCCAAAGUUUGGCAAAACGCGAUUCUCUCACUCACAAAAAGACCUUUCCAGACAUUUUCAUUGCAUUCACAUUCAUUAUACUCCAUGAUAGCAUUCUCCAGAUGCCAAUAGCAAAGUUCGUUCAGACGCGACGGGUUAGAGACAAAUAUUUUCCACCACCCGCUCGCGAUCCAAGUCAUUGUGUCAACGCAGCCGUAGCCAAAAAGACAAAAUGCAUAAUUAUGAUAUUUACAGAAGAAAUAUUAGCAAAAAAAAAACUAUACGCAUAUUAUAUUAAAAAAGGAAAGUAUAAUCUCUUCUUUGUCACUUGAUUCCUCUUGCAAUGUUAAAUUUGUGAUUUUAUCUGUAAUGGUACUGAGCUGAAAAUAUUUUAUCGUCUUUGCCUUCUCACAUGAGAAUUAAAAUUUAAUAUAAGGAAACGCGUGCUGAAUUGCGCCUUAUUUAGAAGGCCCUUGAGAUAUUAAAGGAUCAACACUCAAUCAUUUGAAAUAGAGCAUUAUCAAUUGGAUUGCAGUUCAUUCCGUGUCGUAUUGUACUUUUUGAGACUGAUGUCUUCUUCAUAAACGCAACACCGUGAGAAUAAAUUUGUGAAAACAAAUUACCUAGCAUUAAUGUAUCCAUGUCUUAUGAAGCAGUUGCAUAAUA